UAAACUGUCUUUUAUUAAAAAAAAUUUUGUCUACAGAAUUGGCGCCAUCAUAAAUGGGCUAUAAUACAAUAUUAAAUGAAAUGUAAAAAGUUUGAUUUUGAUUUAUCUGUUUUAAUCUCCAACUAGUAAGUGACAGUGUUAGUGUUUGUGCGAUAAAAAAAUGAGUAAGUCAAGUGAACAGCAGUUGUUGGAUGAUAUAAAAAUACUUUUUCCUGAUUUUAAAUGCACUGUGCAAGAUUUAAGAACACCCUACUGAAGAGUUUGUCACCAACUUUUACUCAUAUUGGCUUCAGGAGUUUGAAGUGGAUAUAACCAAUGUUUCUCAGAUUCAGUUUUCCCAGAUGACUGUUAUCGGCUCCUACCAGGAUGCUUACAGCGGGGCAAUCCCUAGGAUUAAUCUAUUGAUGAGCAUCAAAGCAUUUGAUGUUGUCCAAGACUUUGGAAUGUUAGACAUCAUUUCACCAACACCUAAAAGAACACAAGGCAUCAUUAGAGCUUUCAUUGAUUUCUAUCAGUGGUCAGAUUACCGUAUGUGUGCUCUUAUGGACAAGAAAAAGGAAUUAAAUGAACGAAAGGAGAAACUAAGGAAAAUGAUGAAAGAGAGGGAAGAUUUAAAAGCAAAUAUGAACACUAUAAUAAAAACCAUAGCACAAAUUCAAUAUGUUAAAAAACAGCUGGAGGAUGAAGCUUUGACUCUACAAAAAAGAGUAUCGGAAUUGAAUUCUGAAAAACAGAUUGCAAAAUCUAAAACUGAUGAUUCAACUGAAAAACUGAAAGAAAAAGAAAUAGCCCUACAGAAACUCAACAGAGAAGAGUUACAGAUUUCCAACAAAGUAAAGGAGCUAUCAAAUCUAGUAGUGGACUCACCGACCACAGUAAUAUCUGACCUGGAGAGUCUUCGCAAGAAACAUGAAGAGAUGAAGGAACUGUCUGAGACAAAGCGAGAUAUGGUGGAGGCUAGGAUGCAGAUGCAGAGUAAGCUGCAUAAGGAGUACGAGGAUCAGCAGCUGAGAGCAGAACAGCUGAGUGAGCUUGUCAAACUGAUUGAUCAACAAAGGGAGCUACUGAAGGUUGUGCAGAUCACUGACAAGGACAUGAAGGUGGCUCAAGAGCUGCUGAGUGAUCUCAAAGCCAAUCUCCUUGCUCAAGGCAGCAAGAGAGCAAACUGCCAAGAGAAGUUGCAGUCAUCCUAUCUCAGGUGGAAGACUUUGAAACCCCAGUUGACUGAAAGUGUUGAGGCUGCUAUCAGAGAGCUAACUGAAAAGAAGAAUGAAAAGAACAAAAUAAAUGACAGUUUAAAAGAAGAUAGUGCUGUGCAAGAAAAAAUUGACUCGCUUUUGGGUAAAAUUAAAAAGCAUGUUGAGGAUUUUCAAGAAGAUUAUGAUGCACUGAUUAAACAAGAAAACGAAUAUUUCACUAUGCUUGAAAAGAAUGCUUAUAAUCACAUGGAGAAUGUCCGAAAGGUAAGUUUUUAGUAGUCAGUUUAUUUU